AAUACCGUAUGCGGUGCGCGUUUCUCCUGCUGUUUGUUGAUGCGUUCCGCGGGGUUGUUGGUGAUGUUUCGCGGUCAUUUUUGUUUUAGGCGUGAAAAUAGAAAUUGGGAAUAGAACGUAACUUGGGCACUCGGACUUGAUCGGAGACUCGUCGUGCAAACUGUUGCUUCAAUCUUCGGGAGCACUACCGCACCCCUACUUUCUUUUUUUUGGGGGGGGGGCGAGAGAUCUGAGACGAAAAGUGGAGCCGAAGGGCACGACGGUGUGUGCGUGUUGGGGUGUGCAGGCACAGCUAAUCCUACGUGGGCUCCUCUAUAGACUGGAAGUCUAAAUCAUCCCGAAAGAGUACACCGUGACCGAGAAAUAAAAGCCAACGGACAAGCAGAGGCUGCACUUCACUGCUCCUCUCCUCUGUCAGAGUCUGGAGAGAUGUUUUACAUCCGAAUUGUCCACAUCUUCAUCCUCACCUUUCUUUUUUACUUCAUCUUUCCACUGAUUGUCUGCAUGCUGCUGGGACAGUCCCCAUUUCAUAAGCAAGAACAUCCCCACCCUCCUUUUAAAUUAAAUAAGAAAAAUCGCAGAAUACUACUUGAAGUAGGGUUUUAAACAAUGAAGCCUCAGACCAAGGGAUGUGGUGCAAGAUGCUGCAAAAACAAAGAAACAAGCCCAUAUUUCAACAUGAGCUGUGCACUUAAUCCACAGGCAUAUACUUCCUUCCCCAUAGACUGUGCUGACAGAAAUACUCUUGUUAUAAAUCAGUCUUUUUCUGUGUUUGUGCCUCAGCUUUUCCCCAGAGAUCAUCUUGGAGUCUGUGACCGCUCGGAUUUUAAGCCCCUCUCUGUCGUGACACAUCUAUUGUUCCUCUGCUGCUAUUGGACGAUGAAGUGCCAAUGUCUUCCACAUCCCCGCGUGCUGCAGGUCUUUCCAAGAUCAUGAAGUUGUUGGUAGGUUACCCAUCUUGUCCCUCCUAGUCCAGGAGCUGUCCUUCCACUGAGGACAGGGAGACGGUUGAACAGGAUGGCGACGCCUCACUACAGGCUGCAAUGCCUCUUGAAGCGCGCUCAGAUGCUGCUGCUGGGCCUGGGAAUUGCUUAUCUCAUGGCGGGCAGCAUCUUGCUCCUGCAGCGCUCCAGUGUCAGGGUGGCCCAGCCCAACCUCGCCGGCCUGCCACCCCUGCUGGCCCUGGCUGCGCCCCCCACUGUCCUCAGGGCUUGGUUUGGCCCGGGCGUGAGGGCCCGCUCCAGAUGGGCCGCCGCUGCUGCGGUUCAGCCCGCGUCCGGAGGGGGAACCAAGGCAGGGCGGCAGUGGCCUGCUUCCCAAAGCCUGGGGGUACAACACUUGCACCGCCAGUGGUUUCACAGUCUGCUGCCAGAGAGCCCAGAGCAGAGAGUCCCUCUCCACAGGAGCAGCAAACAUAAAGGAACGUACAUGGGCUGCUAUCUGCACAACGCCAGUGAUCGAGCGCUGGGAGGAACCAUGCUUUAUGACCUGCGCAAAAUGACCAGCUCUCUGUGUCAAGACACCUGCUCCGAAAGCGGGUACCAGUUUGCAGGUCUGGAGUUUGGAGCCGACUGCCACUGCGGGAACCGAAUCAGUAGCACGCGGGCCCCGGAGGAAGACUGCGGUCUGGUGUGCCGGGGUGAGAGGGGGUCUCCCUGUGGAGGCGUGGGCCGACUCUCCAUUUACAAAGUGGACGGGCAGCUGCCAGGUCACAGAAAAUUCAGAAAUGUUCACUACCGCGGUUGCUUCAAGUUGACAAAGAGCACCAUCAGAACCUUCCCCAUCGAUUCCUUUCAGCCCAACCUCACCACGCAGUCCUGCAUCGAGACCUGCACAGACAAGGAGCUCCCGCUGGCUGUGUUCAAAAAGCCCCACUGCUUCUGUACGUGGACGCCGUCUCUUUUUAGUCUCAACCAGCAGUCCGACAACCAGCAGUGUGUGGAGCAAACUGGGCUCAAUCACACCGGCAACUCCACAGCCGUGGCGCCCACUGAGCUCGCCCACUACCAGGUGUAUCACACACCUGUGCUUGACUCCAUGUGCAAAGAGAGGAUGUUUCUGCCACAGAGAUCCAGCUCCCUGGUGGCCCUUUCUAGUUUUCCCGGUGCAGGCAACACCUGGGUGAGACACCUGAUCGAGCUCGUGACCGGCUACUACACCGGCAGCUUCUAUUUUGACGGCACCCUCUACAACAGAGGUUUCAAAGGGGAGAAGGACUACUGGAAGAGCGGCCGCAGCAUCUGCGUGAAGACCCACGAGAGCGGUCAGAAGGAGAUUGAGAUGUUUGAUUCUUCCAUCCUGCUGAUUCGAAACCCGUACCGCUCCCUUGUGGCAGAGUUUAACCGCAAGUGUGCCGGACAUCUAGGCCACGCCACAGACGCACAGUGGAAAAGCAAAGAAUGGCCAGAAUUUGUCUCCAGCUACGCCCCCUGGUGGGCGUCCCAUGCUCUCAGCUGGCUGAAGUUCGGACGGCGCCUGCUGGUGGUGCAUUACGAGGAGCUGCAGAGGGCCCUUCUCCCUCAGCUGCGUGUCAUCACAGCCUUCCUGAACGCCACCAUCACAGAGGAGAGGCUGCUUUGUGCCCAGAGCAACCAGGACGGCCAUUUUAAACGCUCGGGGGCCUCCUCCUUUGACCCGUUCACUCCCGACAUGAGACGGAUGAUCGACCCCUUGAUUCGUUCUGUUGACCAAGCUCUGCAUAGCAGGAACUUUAGUGGACUUCCACAGGAGUACCUUCCCAGAUGAUGACGUGACAAGGUCGUGCUCUUAGUCUUUUGAAAUGCUGGUCCAGUCGGGGUUUAACGAAAGAGAAGUUUCACCCGCGGGUGCUCCCAAGUGGACCACCUGACUCUUUGAUACGGCAGACACAGCGUGAACGGCUAUGGAGUCAUGGCAACACAUUUGAGGUCACAGGAAACAUGACAAUACAUCGUGAAAUGCAAUGGUGAACAGAGCUGAAAGCCUCGGGGCCGCGACGGCCUCUGUGAGAGCUGCACAUCCCACGAAUACUCAAACAGGAUUUGACAUGAUUUGUUGCACUGCGGGUUAGGAUUAUUAUUAUUAUUAUUUGGCCAAGCGCCCGACUGCACAAACACGUGUGGGUAAAUCCUGGAUAGACUCUUUAUAAUUUCACUUUAGUACAUCUAUUGUGUUUUUAACAGAUACCCAUGCUCAUAAAAAGUCCUACUAACACAGGUGAGCAUUGGAAUGAUUUUCUGGAUAGAUUUCUGUCUGGCUGCAACAGUUUGAUCAUGGUCAACUGCUUUGGACUGUAAAGUUGUAUUUCAUUAAAACGCAUUCCGUU